AUGGGAAAUACAACAACUAAGAGAAACGAUGCGCGUUCGAGUUUCGUAGACGGUGUUUACAAACAGAAAGACGACCAUUCGAAGCAAGCGGACUCGCAUUUCAGUGCAGGCUCCAGCGGCAGAUCCUUUGCCAGUGUAAGCAGCCACCAAUCUACUUAUAGUUUCGCCAGACCUUGGUCCAGGGUAUCCAGACGAAGGUGGAAGGAAUCGACGUUGACGCUGCCGUACGAAUCGAGCAAGACCGCCUGGCCCGUGUCCCAAUCGGAAUCCUGUUUUCUUCCCGUGUUUCCGAUCGCUUCGAGUCGCGACGAGCAGCGUUUCGAUAUAAUCGAAGAGAUCAAUCGAGGGGCCUUCGGCAAGGUGUACAAAGCCAAGGAGGUACCCACCGGCGAGACGUUCGCUUUGAAAGUCCUCUCCAAAUCUAAGGUUGUUAAAGAUAAUUCGGUGCAGCAAGUGAAAGACGAAGUACAAAUACAGAGGAUUUGCGGCCAUCAUCCUUUCAUCGUCAAUUGUCCCGUGAAUUGGCAGAGCAGGAAGAGAUUGUAUAUAGUAACCGAUUUCGUAGAAGGCGGCGAACUCUUCGCCCUGAUCAAAACCUACCUAACACUGCCCGUCGAAUUAGUGAGAUUGUACGUGGCCCAAAUAGCUCUCGCCAUCGAUUUCUUGCACAACGCCGGCGUGAUCUACAGAGACCUGAAACCGGAGAAUAUCCUAUUGGACGAGCAAGGCGAUGCCAAGCUGAUCGAUUUCGGGCUGAGCAAGUGGCUACCCUUCGGAUCGAGGACGAAAACGAUUUGCGGCACGUUGCGCUACAUGGCUCCAGAAAUCUUCUCCACCGAGCCCUACGGGCACGCCGUCGACUGGUGGAGUCUCGGAGUCCUCGCCUGCUUGAUGCUCACCAACCAGUACCCGACGCCUCCGGUGGACCAGGAGGAAAACCAACCGGCCGGAUCGUUACCGGAGGGCGCCGAGUUGGACGCCUCCACCAAAGACCUUCUGCAGAGGCUGCUGCAAGUGGAUCCCGGCAAGCGUUUGAGGUCCGUUAGAACGCUCGAAACCAUCGCUUUCUACCAGAAUUACCGAAUGUCCGAUGUCAGGAACAGACGGGUCCGGCCGAAGGAGGUGCUCGCCGAGUAUUUCCCCGAUGGUCCUCCCCAGGUGGUGGCUAGUGAAGAUGAUCUGUUCGAUACGAGAUUAUGA